AUGAAAACCACAACAUCGUUUAGUAAAAUUCGAUCGAAUAGAAUUAAAUAUUUAAAAUUAUUUCCAUUAUUUAUUCAUGAUAUUGAUCGAGUCGAAGAAGAUGAAGAUCAUUGGCCUUGUUUUGAAGCAAAAAUUGUUGAUGAUCUCAUUAUGAUUCCUGAUGUCGAACAUGGCGAUAAACUUUUUAGAUAUGGAAGUUUUGGUAAAUGUGAAUUUGUUCGAACUACAACUCAUGUUUCACCAUCGACACCAUUAGAAAUAAUACCAAAUAGUAGAAAAAAAUACGAAAAACCUUAUAGAUUACGAACAAUAGAAUUCAGUGAUGGAAAUAGUCAACAAAUGGAUAUUGAUGAAGAUAUUUCUGAUUUUGAAAAAGAUUUUCUUAAUGAAUUAAAUCAAAAAAUGUUUCCAUUAUCUUAUGGACAAGUUCGAGAACAAAAUCAUGAUGAAUGUCAAGCAAUUCUUCAACAAACAAAAAUCUAUUCAACAUCUUCAACCAUCAAUUCGAAACCUAUUGAAGAUAAUAAUAUUGAAAUUUCAUCGUCAAAAUUACUUAUCUAUGAACAUGUUUAUCUCUUACCAGAAGAAACAAUUUUUCUUCAACAUGCACUGGGCUGUUUAAUUGUCAAAGAUGAAUUCAAUCAAAUUUUAUCUCCAGAUGAAUUAUGGAAUAGAUUUAUUAUAAAAGAUAAAAACUUUUCAAUAAAAUAUGCUGUUUAUUAUCAAUAUCGAAGUAUUGGAUGGGUUGUUAAAUGUGGUUUAAAAUUUGGUUGUGAUUAUAUGCUUUAUAAAUUUGGUCCAACUUUUAGUCAUGCUAAUUAUUGUUUAUCAAUUGAAAAUUUUUGGAAAACAAAUAGUUGUACAUGGUCAUUUAUAUCAGGAUUUAAUCGAGCAUGUUUAAAUGCAGGUAAAACAUUACUAGUAGCCAAUGUUGAAUUGCCAAAAGUAAUUACAAAUAAUAUUGAAGAAUUUCUUGAACAAACCAAAAUAAAUAAAUCUUUCAUAAUGACAUGGUUAUGGUGGAUUAUUAUCGUUAGUAUUAUUAUGUUAGUCUUAUAUGUUUCGAAUAAAUAUUAUUGGUCGGGUACGCAAUGUCCAUCACACGAUCGAAUGGAUGGGAAAACGGUUGUUAUUACAGGAAGUAAUACUGGUAUUGGAAAAUAUACAGCUAUUGAAUUAGCUAGACGAGGUGCACAUGUUAUUUUAGCAUGUAGAGAUCGAGAUCGAGCACAAGACGCUUUAAAAGAUAUACGUAGAAUAUCAGGAAAUAAUAAUGUCGAAAUUGAAAUGCUUGAUCUUGCUUCAUUAAAAUCAGUUCGUGAAUGUGCAAAGCAGCUUCGUGGAAGAUUAAUAAAAUUAGAUGUUUUGAUAAAUAAUGCGGGUGUUAUGAUGACUACAGGAAAAUCAGUUGAUGGUUAUGAAAUUCAUUUUGCCAGCAAUCAUCUUGGACAUUUCCUAUUAACAAAUCUUCUAUUGGAUUUAAUGAAAAAAGCUCCAUCAGCGCGAGUUAUCAAUGUUUCAUCGAUUAAUCAUGCCUUUUUAAAUUGUACAAUUAAUUGGGAUGAUAUAAAUUUUGAAAAACCACAUUGGGGAAUAAAUGCAUAUUCACAUAGUAAAUUAGCAAAUAUUUUAUUUACAAAUGAAUUAGCACGAAGAUUAAAAGGUACAAAUAUUACAGCAAAUAGUCUGCAUCCUGGUGUUGCUCGAAGUGAAGUUAUUCGAUAUAUGUGUGGUCGUUAUCAAAUAAUAUUAAAUUUUUUACUUGUUCUUCUGACACCUAUCUGGUGGUGUUUUACUAAAAAUCUUGAACAAAGUGCUCAAACAUCGAUUUAUCUUGCAUGUGAUCGUCAUUUAGAAAAUGUUACAGGAAAAUAUUUUAGUGAUUGCAAAGAACGUCAAUCAUCGAAAAUAUCUCGUGAUGAACAAUCUGCUGAACGUCUUUGGAAACUUAGUGCAGAAAUGACACAGUUAAAUGAUGCAUUAAAAGAAGUUCGUGAUGAAGAGAAUGAUUAA